CGCAGGAAGACUGUUUUCCCUAGAAACCGUUUACAUCGUUCGCACUUCCGGGUGUUGCCUGCUCUGAAUCACGCGCAUUAUCGUCGCUGCAGCACCUUCGGCAUCCCGGAUACUCACCAUUCGGUGAACACCAGCAGCAUCAGGUUUAGAUGUCUUUUAGAUAUCUAGUAGCAUCAAGACAGGACGGUCGAGAUAAAGCGCUGCUGAAACACACAACUCUGAAGACAUAUUUUGUAUCGUUACACCCACGUCUCUCUACUGUUGCUUUUUUCCCCCCCUUCACAUUUUAAAUGAAUCUUGUAAGAUUUAUGAACAACAGAGUUCCGUCCAAUAAGAGGUAUCAACCCACAGACUAUGAACAUGCUGCAAACUGUGCUACACACGCGCUGUGGGUAAUCCCCAGCCUAUUGGGCAGCUCUGUGCUGCACUUCCUGUCUGAGGACCAAUGGGAGCGCGUCUCAGCCUGGCUCUAUGGGGCGGGGCUCACCUCUCUCUUCCUCAUCUCUACUCUGUUCCACACGGUGACCUGGAAGAAAAGCCACCUACGGUCUGUGGAGCACUGUUUCCACAUGUGUGACAGAAUGGUGAUCUAUUUCUUCAUAGCAGCCUCCUACGCCCCCUGGUUGAACCUGCGGGAGCUGGGACCCUGGACCUGUCACAUGAGGUGGUUGGUCUGGGUGAUGGCCUCUGUCGGAACAACAUACGUCUUCUUCUUCCACGAGAGGUAUAAGUUGAUGGAACUGAUCUGUUAUACAGUGAUGGGAGUGUUCCCAGCCUUGGUCAUCCUGUCAAUGCCGGACCGUGAGGGGCUGUGUGAGUUGUUAGUGGGUGGUGCCUGUUACUGUCUGGGCAUAGUGUUCUUCAAGAGUGAUGGCCUCGUCCCGUUCGCCCACGCCAUCUGGCACCUGUUUGUUGCCAUGGGAGCUGGCGUCCAUUACUACGCCAUCUACCGGUACCUCUACACGCCAUCAGCCAAUCAGAUGAAGACAUCCAGAUGACACACGGAGACCGGGGGCGAGGGGUGAUGACGUCACAGGACGUUGAAGGAAGGAGUGGACUUGUGCAGAAGUGAUGUCAAGAAAGGAGGGAUGGAGAGAUGAGAAUAGAACCAUAGCAACGUGGAGAGAUGAGAAUAGAACCACUGCGACCUGGCCAAGAUAAAGCAAAGCAGUGCGACAAAUACAACAACACAGAGAUGAGAAUAGAACCAUAGCAACGUGGAGAGAUCAGACAGGAUGUAGGUCACUAGUUUAUGUGUCCUGGACAGACAGGAUGUAAAUCACUGGUUUAUGUGUCCUGGACAGACAGGAUGUAGAUGGUUAUGUGUCCUGGACAGACAGGAUGUAGAUGGUUUAUGUGUCCUGGACAGACAGGAUGUAGAUCACUGGUUUAUGUGUCCUGGACAGACAGGAUGUAGAUCACUGGUUUAUGUGUCCUGGACAGACAGGAUGUAGAUGGUUUAUGUGUCCUGGACAGACUGGAUGUAGAUCACUGGUUUAUGUGUCCUGGACAGACAGGAUGUAGAUGGUUUAUGUGUCCUGGACAGACAGGAUGUAGAUGGUUUAUGUGUCCUGGACAGACAGGAUGUAAAGUUAGUUGUGUAACCAUCCAGUGUAGUGUUGUGUGCGUGGUAGAGUAGUCUAGAAAUGACAGAUCGUGAAGGUGUUUCUCCUGAUUGUACUACUAAUACAUUCCAGUCUAGUGAAGGUAUUACCCUAAUACAGCCAUUAUUACUAUUAUUAUUAUUACUAUUAUUAUUAUUACUAUUAUUAUUAUUAUUAUUAUUAUUAUUAUUAUUA